AUGACGACAGUGGAGAACGCUGAUUUGUCAUCAAUCCCUAGUUGUUUGAAACAACUACAAUACUAUUUGGACGAGGCUAAGUACUCAGAAGCCGCAAAACUUUGUCAUAAGUGUCUGAAGGAAUGGCCAGGAGAAAACACGUUUUACAGAGUAAAAGUUUUCUGCGAAAUACAGCUGUCGAGGUGGCACAGCUGCCUCCAAACAAUAGGCUGGUUGCACGGAUAUCGCACACACCCGGCAGUAUCAGAUAAGCCGCGCAAGAGAAGAGAAACACACCUGAACCACUGCGACGACGAAAUGAGAAAAGGACAGGAAGCACUGGAGAAGAUAAGAAACGCCGCGAAGGCGCACUACGCGAACGAUAACUGCCUCUGGUUCCACUUUGAGCAGAGCUACUGCUACUAUAAGCUGGGAAAGUACGACCUGGGCCUGAAGGCACUGUCAAUGUGCACGGAAAGCGUGCCGCCGAGAGAGCUGAUCAAGAGCCAGGACGAGUACCCGCUGGACGCGACGACGUUCCCAGACACAAAGUCGACGCUGUUGAAGGCGCAGCUGUGUCUGAGGCUGGGCCACUUCAAGGAGGCGAGUGAAAUAUACGCAUCGCUGAAGCUGAAGGGAGCCGAGUCUCUGCUGCAGGUGAAUCGGCUGAGCGUGGACAUAUCGCUGGCAUCAAGGUCGCCGAAGGACCAGAGGCAGCAGCUGCUGGAGACAGUUAACAGGAAGAUAGACGACCACAUGGACAGGGCGAAGUCGGACGACCCGUACGAGCUGUACUUCAACUACGCAUGCGCCUGCGUGCUGUCGAAUGACGUGCUGAAGGCCCAAGACUACCUGGAUGUAGCAAACGAAAUGUUGGAAAAUGAGUUGAAAUCGGAAGAAUAUGACCCGGACGAACAAGUGGAAUUCGCAAACAUAUUCGCAUUCAGAGCAUUCCUGAAUUCGAAAAGAGGAAACGAAGAGUUGGCAAGAAGCAUAAAUAAGAAGCUGCUGGAGACGUUCAUGAAGUGA